UGUAAAUCGAAUAUCGAUUAGCAUCAUUCAUAUUUUCGUUCGAGAAAUGAACACAUUUUGCAGUAUUGUUAUUCUGGUUUUAGGGUGGGAUUUGCUGUUUUUCACUAGCCCCCUGGUAUCAUCGCAGAAUUGCGCUUCGGACAGCUACACAUUCCCACGGUACUACAAUGACUCACAUUUCUUGGAUCUAACCACGCGGGCCAACGAAAUUGUUGCCCAAUUCACUGUCGCAAACACCGUUUCGGUUAGAUCAGACAAUGACUACAUCGCGGUAAACGUUGAGGGUGAUCAGCUCAUUUUCUCCACCACGGAAGAAUUUGUCAACUAUGAAAAAUUGGAAGUUGAAAUCCGUAUUCAUAUGUCGAUUAUAUUCACCUGCACGUCGGGAACGUUGACCGGUAGUUACUACCAGAAUCUUCUGGAGGCAAACAACCAUGCCCCGGAGUUCUCCCGCAGUCAGUAUGACGUGACUGUACCGUUGCCACUGCCAAAAAACUUCGACUUAAGUCCAUUCAUCGACGGUGGAAAAGGGAUUACUGCAAUAGAUUACGAUCUGGUGCACAAUGAGGUCAACUUCACGAUCGAUGAGAAUCCAUACCUAAGGGUAGAAUCGGUGAAGAACGGCUUUAAAGAGUCUCGAGGGAUUGUGCGAUUGAAAGAACAGAUUCUUAGGCUUCCGGGAGCGAUUGAGCUGCAGAUUUUGGGAACCGAUCUGGGUGUUCCGGCGAAGAGCUCGUCGGCGAUGUUGAAGAUUACUCCGGAUUUGACCAUCGAGUACGAUGAUCCACCGGUGUUUCAACGAACGUUCAUCAGCGAGGAUUUUAGUGAAGAAGUGGGGAAUGAAAUCGUAGUGGAAUUGGUACCGCAAACGGUGCAUGGUGAUGUAGAAUACAGGCUUGUGGGUGAAGAUGCAGCUUAUUUUCGGAUUAGUGUCGAAGAAGAUAAAAGCAAAGCUUUGGUGAUUGUGAACAGAGAACCAAAACCGCCCAAGGGAAAGUUCUUUUUGAGUGUGGUUGUGGAGGCGAGUCGGUCUGGGCAGAAGGCUGAGUGUGUUGUUUUGAUAGAUUUAAAAGAAUCAUUAACGGGUGAAUCAAAUGUGAACACAGUGAAGAAAACAUUGAGUAUCGUUCAUUUAGAAGAAGAACGGGUGCAUGAGCAAGUGUUUCCUGGUAAAUUGGAUGAAUGCACAUAUGAGAUUAUUCACGAGCUACCAAAUCGCACUGAAAGGAUUUUUAACGUUAAUGAAUCUACAGGAUGGAUUACGGCAUCCAAGUUUAACAGGGAGGAUGCCGAAUUGUUCGCAAGUGUUGAUCCGCCUCAAUUUCAACUUGUUUUGCAACUAAAAUGUCAAACUUCUGGAAACGAAGCCCUUCCACCUCCAGUGUUCGUUGACGAUAUCCCGUACUCCGUAGAUGCCACAUACCUCAAUAUAGUUGUUGACGAUAUCAAUGACAAUUCACCGGAGUUUACAUUUCCAGUCCAUGGUGACGUAUUUGCCUUCCCAGUUGCACGACUUUCGGAACGGUUACUACCGUCAAAACUACUACAAGUGGUGGCGCGAGACUUAGAUGCCGGUUUGAACGCUAUUAUUCGUUUCAGUAUGACUGAGAAUGCUCACUUCGGUAUCAAUCCGCAAAGCGGGGUUGUCUACCCUUUGAAGAACGCAUUCUACAAUGAAGAACCCGUUGAAUUGGAGAUUGUUGCCACCGAUCGUGAUGGCGCAGAGGAUGGAAAUGUUUCCAAGUUGACGAUCCGCGUAGUUCCAGCCUUGCCGUAUCAGAUGUCCAUUCUGCAGAUGGAAAACGUUAACGAAACUCAAUUGGCACAGGCCAUUGAAGAAGCCCAAUCUCAGAGCGCCCUGACCAUACGGGUCAUUAGUGGAGGAUACACUUCCUUAGGAGCGACUAAUAAAAAACAGCAAUCUUCAAACUCUGUUCAACGGAUAAUUGUUGUCGCUUUUGAUGAGGACCAUAAUCUCAUUUCUUCCGAACAACUUGCAAAGGCAUUGGAGUCAUUCACCAACCUGCAGGUUUCUGAUUUGGAAGAACUGCGCUAUCCGAACAAAAAUACUGAUAAUCAUGGCAGGGGUGACUGCAUUGUGUAUCCUUACAUAAUAGUAAUGUCGGUAUUCAUCGUGCUGUUUGUUGCCACCAGUGCACUUUCCGCUUACUUAUGGUUCAAAUGGCGUCUGCUGGCAACCCCUGAUAUAUUUUCAAACCAUUCGGAGAACGAAUUCGUGGAUAACCCAUAUCUUAAUGCUGGAUCGACUCCACCGGCGAAGAGAAAACAACUCGGCGGAGUCACCGUUGAUAAUUCAACGGACAGCGUUUCUCGUAGCAAUCGUUUGGUGAGAUCUCUUUCGGAUAUGAUGAUCAUUGAUGAAGACGAAGAGGCGGCCGUGGAUCCGCAAGCACCUUAUGUGGAGUCACAAACCAAUGAACCACACCAGCGGAAGAAGUCGAUUCGUUUCAGCGAGGAAGUCGAGCGGAUUGAAGUUCUCUAG